AUGGCGCCGAGGAAAGCUGUGAGCCCAGCAAAACCUCGACGUGUCACCCGCGCCCGAGCAGCCGGCGCCGAUGCUGCUGCUUCGACAACAACUGCAGAAGCACCCAAGCGCCGAACCACCAAAGCCUCUGCCGUCCCUACCACCAGUCGGGCACAGGCCCUGGAGGCCAAAUCGCGGGUGACCAAGAAGUCCGCAUCUACAACUGCGAGUAAGACGACAAAGGGCGGACGAGUAAGCACGAGGUCUGCCAAGCCGGCACCCGUAGAGAAAGAAGACGACAGUGAACAUGACGACGACGACGACGACGACGAAGAAGUUGCGGUGGAGGUCGCAGUUACAAAGCCACCAGUCAAGCCGUCGAGGACAUCCACGAGGACCACCGCAAACACCUCAGCUCCCGCCGCGACUGCUGGUCUCGCGGCAGCACCGAGACGACGAGUCAAGGUCACGCCAUUGAUUCCGAAUGAGACUCACCCUGAGCCUGCCGCUCCGCCGCCUGCGGAAGAAGUCAAGCCGGAAAAGAAGCCAUCCGCAAGGGCGAAGAAGGAAAAGGCCACGCAAGAAGAAACAAGGCCAGCUACUUCACGAACUAAGAAAGAGACUGUCACCAGUAAACAGAGCAAGGGUGCCAACGCGGAGAAUGCGAAUCCAGAGCCCAAGAAGCGUGGACGAGGUCGGACUGCCCAGUCUGAAAUGGAGCCAGAGGAAGAGCCGCCGCAGGAGUCCACGUCUACGGCAGCCAAGUCGCGUGGAAGGUCGAGGAAGGAGAAGGUCCUUGCACCACCAGUCGAAGAUACCAAAUCUGCGCCUACCACUACUAGACAGACUCGAGCGAGGGCCGGCUCGACGAAUUCCUCUGUCGUCGCAGAGCCUACAAUUAGUGUUAUGAUCCCUACGAAGAAGAAGGUUACUUUCGAGGCGCUCCCCGAGGAUGACGAUGAGAAAGAGAACAAACGUCCCAGGAACAUGACCAAGACCAAGAGCACAAAAUCGGCUGCCCUUAACAAGGCUGAGACGGCGGCCACCGGCAUGCGUGCUAAACCGAUCCGGAAGCCUGCUACUACUAGAGUAACGAAAACCACCCGAGCAACAGGUGCAGCCAAACCAGUAAAAUCCAGACCUCAAACAGCAGGCGAGACCACCAGCAAGAUCCAGGAUCGAGCGUUGACCCCCAAGAAGAUUACACAAGUCGCCAAGGCAAUGCCCGCAGACACUGACGAUGAUGAGGAAGAUGAACUGGCGGGAGCGAAGACUCCAGUCCGCGAUCUCAGCCUCUCGCCCAAGCGUGGACUUGCCGCCGCAGCGACACGACCGUUGUCGCCUGUCAAGAGACUCGACUUCUCGCCCGGCCUCCACUUGGCAUCGCCUCAGAAAAGCGAUGCAUCAGCGAUUAUGGGCAUGCUGAGUCCGCCGCGACGACCGGCUUCCCCAGCCAAGGACUCGUUGAAGGAGUCCCCUCGACGAGCGCCUGAAGGCGUCACAGUCUUCCGAGCCAGUGUGCCGGACGCUCAUAUCGGCGGCUCUUUGGUUCUGGACCCUUCCUAUACCCAAUCCAUUCUUCAUCAAUCCCCAAAGCGAGGUUUGUCUGAUAAAAUGGUCUUUCCCCCGUCGGCCGUAAAGUCGCGAACCACUCCGCUUAAGACGUCUUUGUUGUCUUCACCUGCCCGACGGCUCUUCUCGCCUUCGAAGCAGAGGACGCCUGCUCAGAUGACACCCUCAUUCAGGAGAAUUCCCGAGCAAGAGUCGCCCGAAUCGCCAAAUCACGACGAGGCAGGGCCGCCACAUGAAGAAAGCGAAGAAAUUGCAGUGUCUUCGCAUUUCAGAUCUUCCAUGUCACCGCAGCGGUCUGCCAAGUUGUAUAGACUGAGUGAAGAUGAGUUGGCCGAAGAACGCAACGUGGAGAUGGACUUUGACCAGUCCGUUCUAAAUAUCAGAAGCCCUCUCAAGGUGGACAAGGUCAAGCCAGUUUCCGAGACCCUGGCCGAGGAAAUGGUCGUGGAUGAUCCCCCGGUUGAGGACGAUGUACAUUCACCUGUGGAGGGAGACGGCUAUGGAGAAUGCAUGGAGGUCCAUGCCAUUGACAACACAGCUGCAGUUCCCGUUGAGGCGGACGAGACCAUUGCGGAUCCCAAACUUGAACAGAGUGAGGCUUCUGACGAAGAGGAGGGAUCGGGCAUUAUUGAUCCCCGAGAAAAUCAGGCUCACACUGCUGAAGAUUUCCAACAAACUGUCGGGACUUCGGUCAAGAAGCCAAGAAUGUCAGACGCUCUCUUCAACCGCGUUCGGGAGGUCGACGACGAUUCUGACGAUGAGCUCGCUGGAGAUCAGACCCCAGCCAACCGAGUUUUCAAGCCCACUUUCGGACCAAGCAUGACCAGUGCCGGAAUUCGGUCUCGUAUCUCGACUGGAGUCGUGCCGCAGAGCGCAUCCAAGAACCUGGGCUUCACUCCUCUGGCGGCGCAAGUCCAAGGUUGGCGUGCUGCUAGUCCUGAGAAGAAAACUGCUGUCACUGCAAAGUCCCGGGGGCUGUUUUCGCCUGUUGCUCAGAUGCACAUCGCCGGCUCAGUCGAGUUGAGCAGGCCAGAUACUCCAGGUCGCGAAGCUUCCAAACGAAAGUCAACGGCCAGCCGGCAUUCUCUGGCUCCUUCACUGACCGAGAGCCCUUCGAGACCGGACUUUUUCGCCGAAGGGAUGGCUGCGCUCGACUUUGAGGUUCAGGUAGGAGCUGAUGCUGCUGCGGCAGAUGAUGAGGAUCUUCACAACUUGAUCCCGCAAGACACCUCGGAGCGUGAUACUUCUGACCAAGUGAAUGAUGAGGUGGACAGUGAAGCUGAGGCUACUUCCGGAGAAGAUAUGGCAAAAUCAAGCGAAGAGUUGACGACCGACCUGGUCAACUAUAUCAACGCAUCCGAUACCGCCAUGGUCGAUUUCAAGGCCCUGGCACACGAAGCCGAAGAUCUCGCAGCUCAGGAAGAACAUGACGAGGAAGCUACUGCUGACGAGCAGGAGGCCAACGCGACCGUCCCCACUGUGAUGCUCGAAACGGUUAACGAGGAGCAAUCUAUGCUAUCGGUCUCAACUUCUUCUGGCUCAUAUGGUGAUGAAAACACAGCUCCCGUCGAGCAAUCUGCGACAGAGGAGUCUGACACCGACGAAACGGAAGAAUUGCCCACCGAGGAGAGCGCCGAAUGCCACGCCAAAGUGAUCGUCGAACCAGAAGAAUGUCAUGACGAGGAUGGUCACGGCGUUUCUGAGUAUGCAGAGGAACAAGAGGAUGCCAUGAACGCACCAUCAAACACAGAGGACCAGUUGUUUGAAGUCACCGCAAUGAGCAUAGAGACCUCGCCGUCUAGGAACGACUGCACUCCUGCGAAGGUCGACUCUGCCAUGCAGGAAAUGGAUUUCAGCGUGACUCCAGUACGACCAGACCCCAGUCUCCCAAGAGUCGUUCAUACCGUGGUGUCCAAGGUCCCUCUUCGGCCUGAAGGAGCAGUGGCUCCUGCUUCGUCGCCGCUCAAAGUGCAGAGAAAAAGGCCGAGGUCGCUGUCUUCUUCGCACGUCCAAGCCGUCAAGAGACGUAGCUUAGGUCCCAGCUUGGAAGCCCCCUCUUUUGAAAUGAACCCUCUUGCAACCCCGAAGGCGAACGUCGCGUCGGUCGUGUCGCCUCAGCGGCGCAUUCGCAGUGCGGCACCAAGUCCAGCAAAUUCACUCGCCACAGGGUUGUCAACUCCUGGUCAGAUGAGCUUUUGCAUCGAAGACUUUGGUGAUAGCACACUUGAUGGGAUCGAGCUACCGGAGGAAGAGCUGACGUCUGAUGAUGUCGAGACCGAAGAUGCUUAUCAGGAUGAGAGUUUUUUGACUGUUGGCUCUGCCUUGUUCAGAACGCCAGCGGCCACAUCGAAGAGAAGCAGCAUUGUCUCUUCUACCGCGCAAUCAAACACGGCCAACACACCUCGCUACGCCAUGAGCACAAAGUCAAGCACUAGCCGGGUCACAGCCACUCCAAAAUUCACGCCCUCGAAAGGAGCUGCCUCCGCGUCCAAGACACCUGCUACUAACGCCAGAGCCAAAGCUCCCAGCACUCAACAGAAGCCGAAAUCUGCGACCAAGACUCCACAAACAGGCCGGAAUCCCUUAAAGCAGGUCGGAAAUGGGGUUCUCCAUGGAGCAGUUGUCCAUACCGAUAUCCACACCAGCGAAGGGAUGGAUGCUUCUGCCUUCUACAUCGACAUGCUCACAUCUAUGGGAGCGCGAGUGGUCAGAGAGUGGAGGUGGAAUCCGAGAGCCAGCAUUAACCAAGACUCUACUGACUCGGAGGCACCAAUUGCGAACGUCGGGAUUACACAUGUCGUCUACAAGGAUGGUGGAAAACGCACAUUGGAAAAGGUUCGCGCGGCCAAGGGCCAAGUUCUUUGUGUUGGGGUUGGCUGGGUCCUAGACUGCAUGCGUGAAAUCAAGUGGCUAGAUGAGUCUGCUUACGCCGUCGAUGCAAGUAUCAUGCCUCGCGGCGGAUCUAGGAGACGCAAAUCCAUGGAGCCCAGAAUGCUCGUCAACGAAAAUGGUCUACUUUCUGCAAGCAGGGAGCAACGGCGAAGCCUCUCUGCGGAGUACGCGGGAUUGACUGGGAGGAUGAAGCAGGAGUUGAUCAACACGCCGGUUAGGGGAAACGAGGUAUUUGGACAUGUUGAGCAUCCCCGAAGCUGCAUCGGGGUCGAAGACGAAUCGGAGAUUAGUUCGACGUACAACUCACCAACCGCCGCGACCGUCUGGGGAGGUGGUGACACUGCCAACGUGGGUGUUCUGAUGGCUCAGCAGGACUGUGAGACGCCUGCUUCAGUCGAGCGCAAAACGAAUACCGCAGCCAUAUCGACGCCAAAGUCUGUUUCCUUGGAUGUGGACUACGAUCCUCGCACGGCAGCUACGCCGUUGACUCCUUAUCUCGUUGCAAAGGGACGGGAGCUGGUGCAGAUGAGCGCUCCGCCGAAGCAGAUCAACAAGAGCAUCUUCGAUCGUGAUGACGAUGAUGCCGGCGCUGCUGGGGGAACAGCAACUGGCGGGCAGAAGUUCCACGUCAAAAUGAAGGGCAAAUCGGGCAAAGGUGUGCUAGAUGCCAGGAGGAAGACUCUGGGUUGA